UGGUGGAAAGGGGGAAAACGCCGGGCGGCACUCACUUUCCAGGUCACACAGUUACAUGGGGUAGAAUAAUCAAGUCAGGUCAAUUUAAGACCUUCAUCCCGCCCUCUUGGCCGAUGCUUUUCUUUUCUUCCCCUCUCUGAGACUUUCUUUCCCCACCUCUCGUAGCUCUUCCUAAGUCACUCGGUGGUUGAGCCCUGAUAUCCGACAAGAUGGCGGCUGAAAGCGUCGCCGAGCAGCGGGAUGAGAAGCCUCAGACCGAGAAGGUGGACAUCCACCAGUCUGAGGUUCUGGAUAACCCCGAUCUGAUGCAUGAAGCCUUCGAUGGCGAGAAUUACGAGCAUCAGAUGGGUGUCUGGGAGGCUGCGAAGCAGUACCCCUGGGCUUGUUUCUGGGCCUUCCUCAUGUGCUUCACCAUUGUCAUGGAAUCCUUCGACAUGUUCCUCAACACCAACUUCGUCGCACUCGAUCACUUCUCCAAGGUCUUCGGCGUCGAAACCUCACCCGGUGUCUGGGCCAUCCCGACCAAAUGGCAAAGUGCUCUAUUUCAGUCUGGCCAAUGCGGUGCCUUCGUCGGUGUGUAUCUGGCCGGGCCGAUCACUAACAAGAUCGGAUACCGCUGGACGACUAUGCUGGGUCUUGUUCUCAUGAAUGCGACGAUUUUUAUCUCGUUCUUCGCGAACUCACUCACCCUCCUCGUGGUCGGUCAAGCCCUAGAAGGUGUCCCAUGGGGUUUCUUCAUCGCCAACUCCCCGGCCUACGCCAGUGAAGUCGUCCCUCUGCCCCUUCGCGCUGCAGUCACGGCCACCCUGCAAAUGAGUUGGUCCAUUGGUUCCAUCAUCGUUGCGGGCGCCACCUACGGUUAUAACUCUCUCACUACGGAGUGGGAAUGGCGCGCACCACUCGCAUUGCAGUGGAUCUUCCCGACCCCCCUCAUGGUCCUCCUCUUCUUCGCCCCCGAGUCCCCUUGGUGGCUCAUCCGUCGCGGCCGCAAAGAAGAGGCCCUAAAAUCCAUCAAACGCCUGGGCGCCAAAACCGAAGAACAAGCCCACCAAUCCCUGGCCAUGAUCGAGCGUACCGUCAAGAUCGAAGAGGAAACGGGCGGUAAUCCCACGCUUCUCGAUCUCUGGAAGGGUACCGAUCGCAGACGAACAAUCAUCACUUGUCUCAUCUAUGCGUCGCAGAACUUUGCGGGUAACUUGAUUGCGAACCAGGCCACUUAUUUCUUCGAGCAGGCCGGUAUCUCCGCCGACAAAUCCUUCCAGUUGAACCUCAUCACCACCUGUCUCCAAUUCGUCGCCAACGCCGUCUCCUGGGUCCUGACUUCGUGGUUCCGCCGACGCACCGUCUUCCUCUACGGCACCGCCACGAACAUCACCUUCCUCUUCAUCCUCGGUAUCAUCGCCUCCGUACCACAGACCCACAAGACGAACUACGCACAAGCCUGUCUCGGCGUGAUCAUCUCCGUGGUCUACGCCGGCGCACAAGGUCCCAUCUCGUACACCAUUAUCUCCGAGACAUCGUCGGUGCGACUCCGCGCUUUGAGUACAGCCGUCGGACGGUCCGCGUACUACAUCACUGAAAUCCCGAUGAUUUAUCUCUCGUCGCGGAUGCUGAAUACCACGGGAUGGAACCUGGCAGGCAAGUGCGGGUACGUCUGGGGGUGCACGGCGCUGGUGGUGUGGGUUGGAGCGUACUUUGGAUUGCCGGAGUUGAAGCAUCGGUCGUAUCGUGAGGCGGAUAUUCUCUUCAAGAGAAAGAUAUCGGCGAGGAAGUUCAAGACGACGGAGAUUGGCGUCGAUGAGAAUGAGUAGGGGAGCUAUCCUGCGGUGGUGUGGGUGGGAUGUGGUGUUGGGGAGAGGUUGUGGUUUGGAGGUAAUUUUAUGCUCGGUAGUAUAGUAGUGCAAU